GGGGAGACCCUGGAGUCGCGACAGAAACAUAAUGAGUGGCUGCAGGACAAUUUUUUAACAGCUGACGCAGAAGAUUUGCGGCCACGUCUGCUCGCGACGGCCAAGGAACGACACGAGUGUCUUCGGCAAAUCACGUUGUCGGAGGCACUUCUGCACUAUCCCUUCCUCGCAACAGAACACUCGGUAUGCUUAUAUUCAACAUUUUCAUGCCAGUCAUGCUAAUCAUGAUGGUCUCUGUUUUCAGCUGCUGAUGGAGUUCAAUAUAUUGUUCAAACGAACAAUAGUGGACAACAUUCAGCACGGCUGCAGCCGUCUGUGCAGCAUCAUUCUGGAGCACGGGGAGCAGGACGAGGUUGUAAGAUUCUCUGCCAUGGCUUCUGAGGAUGGUGUGCUUGGCGUCCUCAACUUCAUUGCAGGCCGCUGCAAUGAAUCACUUGAUGCUAUCUUGACAGAGACAGCUGCGGUCCCACUAACUCCAUGCCUCCAGAGGGCAUCUGAUGGCUCCCUCGCGCUACACAUCAAUGCGCAGCGAUUGUUUGUGAAAUCGUCACUGCUGGCAGGCCUGGCCUGCCUUUUCGCUUCGUUUGGGGCUUCCAUGUUGUCUACCCAAAAAGGCUCACAGGAUUUUGACAUUUAUUGA